AUGGAUCGCAAUCGCCCUCUUCCACUCGCCGAUGAGUGGGAAGAUCCCGACUCCUUUAUAGAGGCGCUCCUCUCCUUUGCAACCUCGAACGAGCUAUUCAUUAAUCUAUGUGGUGGCGUCCACAUCCUCGACUUCCUGACGCGCGAGCCCGAUCUAUAUACGACGCUACUUCCGGAGGACUGGAUAGCAUUCUUCGAGCAACAUGACACGCAUGAUAUAAUCCGCUUGCUUCUAAGAGAGGAUAUUGGACCUCUGCGAGAACACGCCGAUGGCAGUCGCACUUGGAAUGGAGGCGCAUUCCCUCCCGCGACCCUCUUGGACUACAUAUACAACGUUCGUCGGUUGAGCCUUCGGCGACAGUUCAAGUCUCCCGACCUGGGAAAGAAUACAAAACUGAACAAACAUGUUGCAAUGGGCAUGAAGAAGAAGAAGCUCCACGAGGUGCAGCACUUUUCACGCUAUGUGGCUGCCCUGUCGGAAACCGUUGAGCAGCGACGUGGUGAACCUGUAUCCCACAUUGUGGAUUUUGGCUCCGGGCAAAACUAUCUUGGACGAGCGUUGGCUAGUUCACCCUACCACAAGCAUAUUAUUGCCAUUGAGCGAAAGCACCAGUAUAUCAGUGGAGCCAAGGACAUGGAUGUCUAUGCUAAAUUGGCAGAGAAGGAGAAGAAAGAUCAGAUGUACGUGAUCAACAAUAAAAAGAAUAAGGCUUGCAAUGCGUGCGAUGGGACGCCGGAUAUAGCGUAUUCAGAGAGAGCGGACACUCUUCAAGCCGAAGAAUCCGAUGCCAAAUAUGGAGACGCUCCGGCACGAGAAGUGGAGGAGAAUAUCGAAGAUGUCACCAUCUUCAAAUUGUUGGGAGAAAUCAGCCUAGAACCCGAUGAGCUCCUGGGUUCGACCGUUCCCAAUGCGCCUCGAAAAAAGGCCCAGGAACCAAUGAUUCAGGCUCGGGGCACGCUCAGCUACAUUGAACAUGAGAUUCAAGACGGGUAUCUGGAGCCCAUAAUCGACCAUGUGUUGAACCCAUCGCCUGCAGAGACUCAAAAUGGCGAUGAGCCUAAGGAGACCCCGAUAACUGAACAACCGACAAAAGAAGACCGAACUGAUCCUCGAGUCAUGGUUGUCUCUCUGCAUUCAUGCGGAAACCUGGUUCAUCACGGCAUUCGCUCUCUCAUCUUGAACCCAUCAGUCGCCGCUGUCGCCAUGAUCGGCUGUUGCUACAACUUGAUGACUGAGCGCCUCGGUCCCGCUACAUACAAACUCCCCAUCCUUCGGUCGGUACAUCCACGUCUCCACGAGACCGGAACUUCAUACGACCCACAUGGCUUCCCAAUGUCCAAGCUCUACGAAACCUAUAAAAGCGCCGGUGCAGAAGGCAUGAAGCUGAACAUCACUGCCCGCUCAAUGGCCGUUCAAGCCCCCUACAAUUGGGGUUAUGCCGACAGCGAAGGGUUUUUCACCCGUAAUUACUACCGUGCCCUCCUCCAGCGCAUUCUCGUCGACCGCGGCGUCGUCCCGAAACCCGGGGCAGUCAAGGAUCUUUACGAGGAGUCAAAUGGAACUACAGCCCUGAUUGUCGGUGCACUGGGCAAGACUGCCUUCAAGUCUUUCACCGCGUAUAUGCGUGCCGCGAUAGUCAAAUUAGCCCGCGAUCCAAACCACGGCGCCAAAGUGACAGAAAGAGUUAGCAGCAUGGCCGACGAGGACUUCCAGCGUUAUGAUACAGAGUAUCAGCAAGCGCGAAAGAAUCUUAGUGUCGUAUGGAGCUUGAUGGCUUUCAGCGCACAGAUUGUUGAGACUGUUAUCGUUGUGGACAGGUGGCAAUACCUGCGCGAACAUGACUCAGUCAAGGAGUGCUGGGUUGAGCCUGUGUUUGAUUAUAGCGAGAGUCCGCGAAACCUGGCUGUUAUUGGAUUGAAGAAGUGA